AUGUUUCAACCUCUCUUUCGCCCUCUCUCUUUCUCCCUCUCUCUAUGUUUCAACCUCUCUUUCGCCCUCUCUCUUUCUUUCUCUUUCUCUCUAUCUUUCUCUCUAUCUUUCUCUGUCGGUCUAUCUUUGUCAGUAUGUCUCUUUCUCUCUCUAUCUGUCAAUCUGUCUCUUACUCUCUCUCUCUCUCUCUCUCUCUCUCUGUGUAAGUUUCUUUUCUCUCUCUUUCUGACAGUCUCACUCUCUCUCUCUCUCUCUCUCUCUCUGUCAGUCUCUGUCUUUCUUUCUCUCUGUUCUCACUCUGUCUCUUUUUCUCUGUCACUCUCUCUCUCUCUCUCUCUUUCUAUCAGUCUCUCUCUCUCUAGCUCUUUCUCUUUACUUUUUCUUCACGUUUGUCUCUUUUCUCUCUCUCUCUCUCUCUCUCUCUCUCUCUCUUAUUUUCUCUUUUUUUUCCCCGCCUGUCUCACAUCUUGUUCUGUUGUUCCGACAGUCUCUCCCGUCUCUCUUAUUUUUCAGUCUCUAUCAUUCUCAGUCUUUCUGCCCACGUCGUUCUUUGUUUUUUCGCCAUUCAUUCCUUGCUUUCUUUCUCUCUUUUUUUUUUAUCCCCCUAACAAACGCUUCCGCUGCCUUGUCACCCACCCACUUGCAAAAAAACGUAGACCAAACCUUCGUAGUACCAACACCCGCCCUCAAUGGCCCCUUUUACUAUUUUUUAUCUGUCUAUCUAUCUCAGCUCAUUUUUUUAUCUAUCUAUCUAUCUAUCUUUCUAGCUAUCUGUUGAACUAUCUAUCUAUAUAUCUCUCUCUUCUAGCUAUCUGUUUAACUAUCUAUCUAUCUAUGUCUAACCAUUAUCUAAUUAUUUGUGCUCAUCUCUCUCUCUAUCUUUUCCUCCCUCUCCCUCUCCAUCUCUCUCUCUCUCUCUAUCUUUCACUCCCUCUCUCUCUCCCUCUCCAUCUCUCUCUCUCUCUCUCUCUCUCUCGCUCUAUCUCGGUCUAUGUAUCUAUCUUUCUAUCUAUCUGUUUCACUAUCUAUCUAUCCAUUUAUCUAUCUCGGUCGAAUCAUUAUCUAUUUCACUCUGUUUUAUCUAUCUAUCUAUCUGUCAGUAUCUGUUUCUAUCUAUCAAUCUAUCUACUUAUCUCCUCACUCUUAUUGUUCUUUCUUUUUUGUUCCUAUCUUUCUCUUUUUCUUCCUUUUGUCUUUCUUUUAUUCUCUUUCCUUUCUUAUUUUCUCUUAUCUCUAUAUCUCUUUCUAUCUCUCUAUCUAUCUAUCUUUCUAUCUCUCUCUUUCUCUCUCUGCCUCUCCCUCUCUUUCGUUGCAUGUUACUUUUCCCUUCUUGCUAAGUUUUCCCUUUUAAUUUCUAUCUCAUUCUUUUAUUCUUUGUCAUUUUUUGGUCAUUCUUUCUUUUCUCUCUGUUUCUCUGUUCAUUUUCUCCGCUUUUUUCUCUUUCUUUUUUUCUUUUUUUCAAUUUCUAUGUCUUCACUUGCCUUUCUCCCAUCCCCCCCUCUCUCUCUAUUUCUAUGUCUUUACUUGCCUUUCUCCCAUCCCCCCUCUCUCUCUAUUUCUAUGUCUUUACUUGCCUUUCUCCCAUCCCCCCUCUCUCUAUUUCUAUGUCUUUACUUGCCUUUCUCCCUCCCCCUCCUCCUAUUUCUAUGUCUUUCUUUCUCUAUCCCCCCUUCUCUCUAUUUCUUUACUUGCCUUUCUCCCAUCCCCCUCUCUCUCUAUUUCUAUGUCUUUACUUGCCUUUCUCCCAUCCCCCCUCUCUCUCUAUUUCUAUGUCUUUACUUGCCUUUCUCCUAUCCCCCCUCUCUCUCUAUUUCUAUGUCUUUACUUGCCUUUCUCCUAUCCCCCUCUCUCUCUAUUUCUAUGUCUUUACUUGCCUUUCUCCUAUCCCCCCCUCUCUCUAUUUCUAUGUCUUUACUUGCCUUUUCUCCUAUCCCCCCUCUCUCUCUAUUUCUAUGUCUUUACUUGCCUUUUCCUCCCCCCCCUCUCUCUCUAUUUCUAUGUCUUUCCCAUCCCCCUUGCCUAUUUUCUCCUUUCUCCCAUCCCCCUCUCUCUCUAUUUCUAUGUCUUUACUUGCCUUUCUCCCAUCCCCCUCUCUCUCUAUUUCUAUGUCUUUACUUGCCUUUCUCCCAUCCCCUCUCUCUCUAUUUCUAUGUCUUUACUUGCCUUUCUCCCAUCCCCCCCUCUCUCUCUAUUUCUAUGUCUUUACUUGCCUUUCUCCCAUCCCCCCUCUCUCUAUUUCUAUGUUUUUACUUGCCUUUCCCAUCCCCCCUCUCUCUCUAUUUCUAUGUCUUUACUUGCCUUUCUCCCCCUCUCUCUCUAUUUCUAUGUCUUUACUUGCCUUUCUCCCAUCCCCCCUCUCUCUAUUUCUAUGUCUUUACUUGCCUUUCUCCUAUCCCCCUCUCUCUCUAUUUCUAUGUCUUUACUUGCCUUUCUCCCAUCCCCCCUCUCUCUCUAUUUCUAUGUCUUUACUUGCCUUUCUCCCAUCCCCCCCCCUCUCUCUCUAUUUCUAUGUCUUUACUUGCCUUUCUCCCAUCCCCCCUCUCUCUCUAUUUUUUGCUUCUAUUUUUAAUUUCGGUUCUUUUAUUCUUUCUUUCUGUUUCUCUAUCUAUUUCUAUAAUGAUGUUUUUUAUCAGUCUCUUUUUUUCUCUCUAUCUCUUUCUCUCUCGCUUUUUCGACUUCUUUCUUUCGCUGUUUUGUUCCAUUUUUCUUUCUCUUACACAGUUCCUCCUUUCUUUAAAUUUCUUUUUCCCUCUCUCUUUUUCUAUUUCUUUCUUUCUUUCUUUCUUUUUCUUUUUCUUACUUUCUUGUUCCAUUUUCCUUCUCAUCCCCCAUUUUUCGUUCAACUUUAUUUUCUUUCUGUGCCUUUCUUUCUCCCUCUCUUUCUUUUUCUAUUCCUCUUUAUUUCUCUCGCUUUCUUGUUCCAUUUUGCUUGCUCUUCCCCACUUUUUCUUUCUUUCUUUCUUUCUUUCUUUCUUUCUUUCUUUCUUUCUUUCUGUAUCUCUUUCUUUUUCUAUUUAUCUUGUUCGUUUUCUCUCCCUCCCCCCUCUCUCUCUAUAUAUAAUAUACUGUUAUGGAUAA